AUGGGUUUUUUACUGAUUCUGCAGACGGCAACAAUAGUUGCAGUUAUUGCGAUUGCCGUUCAGCUUAUUCGGUAUUUAAGGUUGAAACGUCUGCCAGUGCUAACCGGCGGAAGUGUUGCGCCGGGAUUUGAAGAGAUUGAACGUGUUUUCAGAAGUCUUCAUGAACAAGGCUUGGAAGCAGGAUCAGCAUUUGCGGUGUACUACAAAGGUCAGAAGGUUGUUGACCUAUGGGGUGGAUAUGCAAAUUAUGACGAAGCAGAUCCAUGGCUUGAAGACACUAUGUCAUUAGCAUACUCGUCCACAAAGGGUGUGGUAGCAAUCUGUAUUGCUGUUGCAGUGGAUCGUGGGUAUUUAGAUUAUGAUCAGAAAGUCUCUCACUAUUGGCCGGAAUUUGCGCAGAAUGGGAAAGAGAACAUAACUGUGAAGCAACUAGUAAAUCACGAGGACUGGGCUACCUGUUUUGAAUCGGAAAAUCACAACGGAGAUUCUUAA